CGCAAGCACGCGCUUUUAGAAAAUGCCGACGUCUUUCACAAAAUGUCCGACCCCACACCCGCUACCAAACUCUCAAACCUACGAAUCACCGAUGGCACCGUUCCCACCUCUGCUCCUCCACCAAUUACCUCUCGUGCGUCGCAAUCCUAUUGUAGCGUCGAUGACAUCCUCAGUUCUGUUCCCCACAUAGGUUCUAGCCAAGUCUCUCCACAGCCCUCAACCGGGGGAGGGAGCGCAGAUCGGGCUAUCUUCCGACCUUCCCUCACCUCCUCAACAGUUGAUCCAGUCCCAUCACCUAACGAAGUCCUUGCUCCUAAUCAACAGCAGUCUAUGUAUCAAAGCGGUUUAGUGUGUCCCUCUCGUGUUUCUGAGAAGAUCCAACAACUUGUUAACACUCUUAAGCGACCCAAACGUCGGCCUCUACCAGAGUACUUUAUUGACGAGGAUGACCAGAUUUUCGUUCAACCCGUUGUCGACCCCAACAGGCCGAAACCCCUCGGAGCGCCGACUGAACCUCUUGUGGGUGAGAAGUUAAUCGUUCCUUCGGGUCUCCCACGAAACAUAGAAUCGGCCUUACAGAGGUACGCCGGCGUAAUCGGCAAGACGCCCGCUCUCACCUGUUUAGAGCCUUCUGGACGUUCCACACAGGUCCUCUCCUACGCGAAACUCCUACAAGUAAGUUUUCUUUUAUUUGACACCUGUUCUAGUCUUAAAUCGGUUUGUGGUGAAGAUUCACCUAAAUUGUCGAGCAACUACAGAACACCCUUAGAUUUGUGGGUGUGCGUGUUUGUUCAUGAUCGAAUAAGCAAUCUUUGGGUUUGGUUUUGCGGCGAUGGCUCGUUAUUACCAUGUCAAACGGAGGCACUUUACAUUUUCUUUCAGCGUUCCAACCGCAUUGCUUUCCUUUUACUGAAUAAACUGGGCCAUCGAGGCGGACAAAGCCUUAAACCGCGAGACCGGGUGGCGCUGGUCUACACUAGCAACGACCCCAUCUCCUUCCUUUUGGCCUUCUAUGGCUGCCUUCUGGCUAGUGUUAUUCCUAUUGCAAUUGAGGUCCCAACCGCUAAAAAGGAUAGUGCCUGCCAGAAUAUGGGCUUCCUUCUAAGCAGCCAAGAUGCGCAUGUAGCCCUAACCAAUGACCAAGUGUACAAGUCUCUUCCGAGAACUGCCUCUGGCGAAAUUGCCCCUAUUCCCGGAUGGCCACAGCAUCUCAUCUGGAUUAACACUGAUCACCAUGGUGGAGGAAGCGGAAAAAAAGUUCCCAAGGACUGGUGUCUUCCUGAACGUCUUCCACCGGAGGAAACUAUUUACAUCGAGUAUACGUAUGCCAAAGACGGAAGUGUUCGUGGCGUGAUGGUGAGCCGGAAAGCAGUCUUGGCGCAUUGUCGUGCGCUCACGACGGCCUGCCACUACUCCGAGGGUGAUGUGAUGGUCUGCGUUGUGGACUGCCGGCGGGAAGCUGGUCUUUGGCACGCUGCUUUGGCUAGUGUUUUUAAUGGGAUGCACGUUGUGUUUGUACCUUUCAACGUCCUUCAACUGGAUCCCGGAUCAUGGAUUCGCUUGGUGACCAAAUACCGUGCUUCCGUCGCCAUCGUUAAGAGUCGUGAUCUGCACUGGGCAUUGCUGGCCGAACGCGAAAAUCCAUUCAGUAAUCUGUCCUCCCUUCGUGCUCUUCUUGUCACUGAUGGACACAAUCCUUGUAAGUUAUUUUCAUCGGCACCCGUGCACUACGGGUCAUUGAACUCCUGUGAUCUAUUUGCGGCAAAAUUCAAGUCAAGAGGACUCAACCCGAACGCUAUUUGUCCGAUUGCGGGUAGCUCAGAGACAUUGACCCUUUCUCUUCGCCGCCCAAUACCCCCUACCUCUGCGGGCACAGGUGGCCUUUUUGGGAUACACUCCAACGGCAACUCACAAGGUGUCGGUGUCGUGCAAACGUCGAACAAUGAUACCCAACAACAGGCUCUCCUUGGUGCUUCUGCUCCAGCUGCCGCAGCCGCUGCCAGAGGAAUCAUAUCAAUCCAAGGACUGAGUUAUGGUGUCAUUAGGGUGGACACUGAGGAUUCUUUUACAUCCUUGACACUACAGGACUGUGGUCAGGUGCUGCCAGGAGCGACCGUGGUUGUGGUGAGUCUGGGUCCCACACCGACAGUUUGUCGGACAGACGAGGUUGGUGAGCUUUGCAUCGCGGCCGACUACACAGGUACCGGCUAUUGGGGACUCCGCGGAAAAACAGGUUCCCACUUUUGUGUCCAGCCCGUCCACGAAGAUGGGCGACCUGUCGUUGUCAGUAACACCACUGGAGGUCUUCACGUUGGUGCCGUAGCGGGCGGCACGACAAAAUUUGUGCGAUCCGGUCUUAUUGGCUUCCCUGGACCAGCUUCUUCAGGCGGUCUCAUUUUUAUUUGCGGUUCCAUCGAUGGAGUGCUCUCGGUCGCUGGUCGCCGCCAUAAUGCCAAUGAUAUAAUUGCAACUGUGAUUGCUGUACAGCCUACGAAAAUCGUUUACCGUGGACGAAUCGCUGUGUUUUCAAUCGAAAUGCUGAAAGACGAAAGGAUUGUUGUGGUUGCUGAGUUACGGCACGGUUUUUCAGAAGAGGCGGCUUUCUCGUGGAUGUCGCAGGUUCUCCAAGCUGUCGAUAGCAUUCAUCAGGUCAGCGUAUACGCCCUUGCCCUCGUAUCACAAAACCAACUUCCUCGUACUCCAUUUGGGGGAAUUCAUGUGCACGAGGUGCGUCGCUUAUUCUCGAACGGCCAACUCCAUCCCAUCAUGCUGCUACUUUGUCCGCAUUCGGCGAUUCAGAACUUGCCCCAGCCCCGAACUCAGCCACCCACUAGUCUAGUCGGUGCCUCGGCCAUGCUUGUCGGACAAGUGGUUCAAGGUGCGCGAAUGGCCGAGGCCCACGGUCGAAUGAUCUCAAACUCUGUCCACGGAAGCAUGACUGCACUUGGACCUGGUGCACCUGACCUCGGUCCUCGAACCGUUACCGAAGUGUUGCUGUGGCGGGCAGCGCACACGCCAGAGGACCGCCUCUUCAGUGUUUAUAACGCCAAGGGUGCAGUGGUGGCCAGUCUCACAUGCCAACAGUUGCACCAAAAAGCCGAACGUCUAGGCAGCUUUCUUCAUGAGAAGGGAAACGUCAAACCUGGCUCUGUCGUCGCCAUCAUGUUCAUGCCAGGCAAGUUCCUCUUCUUCAUUUCUCAUCUGACCACAUUUCCCACCCUAUCCGGGCAAGCCUGUCGACUUGCGCACACGAAAUGCGUGAGUCAUGCCCUCGUUCGUAUUGAGAUGGUGUGCGCGUUCUAUGCCUGCCUGUACAUAGCCGCUGUCCCAGUCCUCGUCCGCCCGCCGCAGCAGCCCCGCAAUCCAGCGGGUGCACCGAUCGGCGGAGGCUCGCCCAACUCUGCCUCUUCCAUCCCUUCUAGCAGUCUGUUUGGCGGUUCUUCAGUGGACCUCUCGGCAAGUCGCUCCUCUCUGGAACCGUCUCCCCCACCCGCACAGAUUCGAUUUGCUGAUUCCAUUACAGUGGCUUGGAGUGUGGUCUCAGCGGCACAAGCUUCUGUUUGUCUCACUCAGUCCUCCAUCAUCAAGCUUAUCAAGUCAAAGGAGGCUGUGGGACGUAUUCCUAUUUCUAACUGGCCUCCAUUGCUGGACUAUGAUGAGACUUGGCGGAAAAAGUUGACAAGUGUAUAUCAGCCACAAUCGGCCGAAACCGAGGUCGCAUAUCUUGAUUUUACUCCCUCCACUACGGGUACGCUGACAGGCGUAGAGGUGACCCAUGCUGCGGCCAGUGCACUAUGUCGUGCCCAGAAGAUGCAGUGUGAAUUCUAUCCAACUCGCGAACUAGUGCUCAGCCUGGAGCCCUACAGUGGACUCUCGGCCAGUCUCUGGCUCUUAACUUCCAUCUACUGUGGCCACCAUUCCAUUCUCGUGCCCCCCCAGGUCACCGAAGUGGCCCCCGACCUCUGGCUCACCAUAUGCAGCCAGAAGAGGAGUAAGGCUCUUUAUGUGCUUCUGUGCUUAUUAGACAAUCUCUCUCAAAGUGUUUUCAAACAUGUGGCGAUGAAGGAAGUGUCACUGGAGAACCUGAGAAGUCUAGUCAUCGUAUCGGAGGAACGACCUCGUGUUAACCUGACCUCCUUAUUCACUAAAAUGUUUGCGGCUGUUAAUUUGAAUUCACGUGCCGUGAGCAGUUCUUUCGGAUGUCGCGCUAAUCUCGCAAUGUGUCUUCAAGGUGCUAGCUCUCCAGACAUCACAACAGUGUACGUGGACCGCGUUAGUCUUCGAAAUGACCGUGUGAACCUUCUUGAACGCGGGUCACCUAACGGUCUCUGUUUAAUGGAAUCUGGCAAGCUUUUACCCGGUGUGCGCGUUGCUAUCGCGAAUCCAGACACAUUCGGUCAGUGCGCCGAUUCCCAUCUGGGCGAAAUCUGGGUAUCUUCUCCACACAACUCCACUCGCCUCCUUGGUCCCUUCAACAUCAAUCCAUCUGCUCCUGCGAUCCGGACGCCGACUGUCGGCUCCGAUCACUCAAGCACCUCCUCAAACGCAGCCUACGAGAAUGCUCCCACCGACCCCCUAAAGGCACGAUUCGUUGCCGGCGACACUGGUCGUGUAUAUGCACGAACUGGCUUCCUCGGCUUCGUUCGCAGAACUGAAUUAACUCAGUCCGAUGGUGGUACGGUCUUUUUUCUCUUAACUGAGCUUUAUCCUAGUCACUUUAUUUUUCCACCAGCUCUUCACGACGCGGUGUUCGUUGUGGGAAACCUCGCCGAGACUAUGAUGCUCCGCGGAAUGCGUUUUUACCCCAUGGAUAUUGAAAACACGGUACUUCGCUCCCACAAAAAGAUUAAUGAAUGGUCACAUGCCGUCUUCACUUGGUCCGAUCUACUCGUUGUUGUUGUUGAGCUUCUUGGCGAGGAAUCAGAAGCUCUUGAUUUAAUUCACCCAAUAACCGCAAGCGUACUGCGAGAACACCAAUUGAUUGUUGGUGUGGUAGUUGUCGUAGACCGCGAAACUGUGCGCGUUGACUUCUACGGAGAGAAGCAGCGCAUUCUGCUUCGGGAUAACUUUGUCAACGAUGAGCUUGACCCCAUCUAUGUUUCUUAUAACAUGUGA